CUCCACUUUUCUCUGUGCCAUUGCAUACCAUCCUCCUCUCUUAAUCACAUCCACUUCAUUCCAUCAAAUGACUGAUCAACUGCGCGUCGGAGUCCUCACAAUCAGUGAUACGGCUUCACUGGAUCCUGCGUCGGACACCAGCGGACCCGCUCUCUGUCAAUUGCUCGAAGCGGAGCCACGGUAUACUGUCCAGACGAGAGCGAUCGUACCAGACGACUUCAAAACCAUUCAGAAAACCAUUACCGCAUGGUGCGACGAUCUCAAUCUUCACCUUGUCCUAAGCACUGGUGGAACGGGCUUUGGCGUCCGGGACUGUACCCCAGAGGCUGUUCAACCGCUUCUGGAGAAACAGACGCCAGGAAUUACACACUCGAUUUUUGCAAAGUCCAUCCAGAUCACACCAUUCGCGGCUCUCAGUAGAGCUGUGUCCGGGAUCCGUGGUCAGACUCUGAUCAUUACAUUCCCUGGAAGUCCCAAGGCAGUCAAGGAGAACUUUGAAGCCUUGUCCAAGAUGCUGCCGCAUGCCGUUGAUCUCGUGAGAGGGGGCACAGGAAAGAAGGUGCACGAGAAAAUGCAAGGAGGACCACGACCCUCAGGUGUGGCUGCCGAUAAGGAUACCAAGUCUGGCAGCUCGCAUGGUCAUGGGCAUGAACAUGGACACGGGCACGGUGGACAUACUUGUUUCCAUCACAGUGACAGAGAAGUGAGAUCGGAUGCUGCCUCGCUCGGCUUGGAUACACCUGUACCACGAAGGCUUCGCAAGUCACCAUAUCCUUUGAUUCCAAUGGAUCAGGCCAUGAAGGCUGUCAUGGACAGGAUUGUACCACUUUCUUCUGUGGAACAGCCUGUGGACGAGGCGUUGAUUGGAGCCGUUUUAGAUGAGGACGUCGUGGCAGUCGAGGCAGUUCCUGGAUAUCGUGCCUCCAUUUUGGAUGGAUACGCGGUCAUCGACGCCGAUGGUCCAGGUCAAUAUCCAGUGACCGCAGUCUCGAUUGCGGCUGCUACAUCGGAAAGCGCAGUGACGAGACUUCUCCCGGGACAGAUUGCAAGAAUUACUACAGGAGGACCUGUACCCGAAGGCGCCACAGCUGUAGUGAUGGUGGAAGAUACGCAGCUAAUCAAGUCGUCAGAGGACGGAACACGCGAGGAGAUUGUGGAGAUCCUGGCUAAGGUCCGCCGCGGCGAAGCAAUUCGAGAAAUCGGGUCAGAUGUGCAGGUGGGCCAAACGGUGCUCAAAAAGGGUCAAGUCGUCUCUGCAGUCGGUGGUGAGAUUGGAGUCUUGGCGUCUAUUGGCGUUCGCAAGGUGCUUGUACGACAACGGCCUGUGGUGGGAUUCUUGUCGACUGGACACGAGGUCGUCAACCAUGACUAUGCUUUGCCUUUGAAAAUGGGACAGAUCCGCGACAGCAAUCGACCAACGCUCAUUGCCGCCACAAAAGCUGCGGGGUUCCAUCAUUUGGACUUGGGUAUCGCUCCUGAUAGUCCUGAAGCCUUGGAGGCCGCCGUGAGGAGCGGAUUAGAAAAGUGUGACAUUGUUGUCACUACCGGCGGUGUUUCCAUGGGAGAGAUGGAUCUCCUCAAGCCCAUUCUGGAGCAAAAGAUCGGUGCAACCAUUCACUUUGGUCGCAUCAUGAUGAAGCCAGGAAAACCGACAACAUUCGCUACGGUUCCAAAUCCCAAUGGCGGACAGCCCAGACUCAUGUUUGGUCUGCCAGGCAAUCCAGUCUCAGCAACUGUGACCUUCCACUUGUUUGUUCUCCCUGCACUUCGAAAGCUGGCGGGUUACGAAAAGUACAUGUGGCCAAGCAUCCAAGCAGAGAUUACGCAUGACGUUCGUUUAGAUGAGCGACCAGAGUACCAGCGUGCCAUCGUCUCUGUCACACCGGAAGGACAUAUCCAAGCCCAGUCCACGGACAAGAAUCAGAUGAGUAGUCGGAUGGUAACGAUGCUGGGUGCCAAUAGUCUGAUGGUGCUCCCAGGAAGGACCUCCAAACGAUCCAGUGUUGCUGCGGGACAAAAGAUUGAGUGUCUCUUGAUCGGAAAGCUUGUCUAAAAGGCCAAAGACCCCGAUCCAUCCUCUUACUCCUGUUUAGUAUAUAAGCAAUUGAGUUUUUUUUUUCUGUCUUCUCUUGCGAACCAUGGGCUGGCAUGGAAAACGGAUGGUUUUUAAUAAAAACUGCCUCGCAAUUUGAACCUUGCGUCCUUACGAGAACAAAA